AUGGUUUCCCUGGGAGUUUUGAAUACUUUGCAGUCUUUGCCACGGUUAAGGUGAUUAGGACUAUUUUUUUUUGUUCAACUUAUUGAUAAAUUUCAGAAAUUUAUACUGUUGUCACUCUUGGAGGCAUAACAGCAUUUUGCAACAGUUUUUUGACGAUGAAGCCAAUUUUGGAAAAUCAGAACUACGUCCUAAAAAGAGACCAGGAAGGUCGUGGACAGAAGACGAACUUCGGUUGAAAAGCAACUCGGAUCUUCAUAAACUCUGGUUUUUGAAUUCAAUUUUUUUUAAAACUUUGAUGUGUUUAAGGUAUGUGUGUUUGAAGGAGCGCAAUAUGCUUUUGACGAUGCAAAAAGCGUACGUCGUAAGAGCACGAUCAAUGCCAAAUCCAGAGCGAUUGGAUCGCGUCAAUGAGGUUUUACGCAGUUUCAAGCAAGUUUCCAAAACGAAAAAGCGAGUUUUACAAACCAGGGGCGAUCGAAAAACCUUUCUAAAAAUUUUUGAGAAUCUAAUUGGGCAAUUAUCAAAAACGCAUGUUUAAAAAUUGAUUUAAUUCAGACUAUGAAAGGCAUUGAAUCAGUGGUCCACGAAAGAAACGACGCUUUCUACAGGCUUGAAACGGGAGACGGCGCAUCUCCUCCCAUCCGAUCCGUCACAUCUUUUGCUGGAUUUACCUACCCGUUUGUCAAAACUAUAUAAAAAGAAAAGAGAACAAAAUUUUUUUAGAAAACAAGCCACGGAACACUUGAAUCCUCCUUCAAGUGACAAGAAAGAAUAUGAGGUGAAUUUUGAAAAAAAACUCACUUUUCAGAUUUUCUAUAAUAUUUUUUCAUGUUAAUUUCUAUAUUAUGACUGCUUACAAAUUUAUCUGUAUAAGUCAAGCUUUUUUCUGACAUAGUUUGAAUUUUUUUUUCCCUUAAACUAUCAAGUUCAUAGACGCUGAGCUUUCUGAAUUUGCAAGGAAAAAAGCGUUUUUCGACAGAAAAAAAACGAACAAGUAUUAAUAAAUUUAAAAAAAAAAGUCUAUAUUCAAAGUGCAUAAUCACGUCUUCUGAAAGUUGAUUCUCGAGUUUUUGUGAUCUUAUUCAACUUAAGAACAUAUUCUAAAGGCCGUUGGCCAAAAUAAUGCUUUCUUAGAUAAAAAAAAAUAUAUUUGACGUCUAAAGUUUCCUCUCAAAUCGAAAUUUUUUUAAUGUCCGUGAGGGUGAAAGCUUUUGAAAUCUUGCGAAAUUUAGUAAUCGAUCAAUUCUCACGAUUCUCAUUGAAAAUUGCAGAUACCAUAUUUGGACGACGACGCUUACAAGAUGCAGAAGCUGUGGAAGGAAAAGGAACAUAUGAAGUCUUUGGACAGGUUUCCAGACUUUUUCAGGCUUUUCCAACUAAAAUUGCAGCCGCGAUGACGAAAGACGCAGAAAAGUUCAAACAGACGAAAUGAUCCGAUUUAAACGAGGAGGGCCGCGAACUUUCAAUAAAAAUAGAAAAAUUCUUGAUUUUUUUCCUACAUUUGCUGACUCUUUAAAGACAAUUAUUGAAAUCUUUUUUUUUUGGAAGAGCUUUGAAAAGUUGGCGAUUCCGUUGUUUCAUAGUUUUGCAAAUUUUUUGUUUUGUUAUCAUAAAUUUUAUCUAGAAAAGCUUUCUCGAUCUGUUUUUUGGUUGCACUAUCCAUCUGUUACUUUUCCCCGAGACUUGAAUCGGAACCUCACGGAUUUCGCAGAGUAAUUACAUGAGCGGCUCGACCUGAGAUGGAGGGAGUCCCACGUCGCGAGCGCGUCGACAUCGCUCGACUGACGGCCGAGGCCUUCCGAGCCAAACUCACCGAGUCCAAAUCCGAACAGCGUGUACAGGCAGCUCGAGACCUUUUCAGGUUUUUCCACCCCUAGGCUUGGAAAUCUUCUGUUUCAGGUACGUAAACAGCGAGCUCAAAGAUGAGCCCCAGGCCUACGUUGACGAGUUUCUCUCAACACUCGACGGCAAAACAGAUGUAGUUUCUUGAAAAUAAGACCUUUUUUAUUUUGCUCUUACAGAGUUCUGUGUUUGCGAUGAUCAACAGCUCGAAUUUGGAGGACAAGAAAUGCGGAAUAUUUAUUAUCGGUAUUUUCCUUUACCAAUCCCUUUUCUUUGAACGGUAAUUCGGGUAAAGUCGGAAUGGUGGGAGAGGCUCAAAAAAGGCAGCAAAAAGAGUCCCUUUAUUGAGCCUUCUAGAAGUUUAAAGACUCAAGAAAUGGUUGAAAAAAGGCUGCAAAAAUGGUACAUAAGAGCCGAUAAAAGGGCGCAAAAAGACAGCAAAAAAAGGAGCCAUUUUCACAUUAAAAGGAACAUUUAUAUGAAGACCUUUUCGACCCUUCCGACGUUACCUAUGAACUUCAAUCUAUACUGAAUGAAGUUUCUGAUAAUCUAUAAAAAAAAUCUUGAAAUUUGAGGUGAUUUUCUUAUCGGUUUGGAGUUUUUUUUGUCAAUAUAUUUCUCAAUUUAUUGGAAGCGCUUUUCCUUAAUUGUGAACGUUCUAAACUGCAUGAAAAUUCGUGAAUUUUAUUUUUUCCACAGUGUUCCUGUUUCAGUAUGUCUCGCUGAACAUCAAAGUGGCGUCAGAUACUCAAAUUAUCUUCUGAAAAUGCUGAACGAAGGAAUCGAAGAAGACACGACAAAAAUGGGCUGCCGCGCAUUGGCAUAUCUGAUCCAGGCAAAAUGAUCGUGGAAUAAAUGACACAAAAAUAUCGUUCAGACUUCGAAAUCGUACGCGGCUGAGCUGGUGGACAGGUCUCUGGACCAGUGUAUGGAAUGGCUGCAGGUCGGCUCCGCUUCCCCCCAAAGAAAUCUGAGACUUUCAGGAGGAAAAAGGGAACGAAGGCCGCCGUCUAGCCGCCGCGCAUCUGUCCCGUGAACUCGCCAUCUUCACGCCGACUGCCUUUUUCCUCAGAGCCAACCUUUUCUUCAAGUACAUUUUCAACGCUCUCCGAGACAGCAAGGUUUCUCAAAUGAGCGGAAAUUCCUUGAAACUCCCACUCAGCCGUCCAUUCGCAUGGCGGCGAUUGAUGCCUUGCACGCUGUUCUCACAAUCACGUCGCAACGAGAAGCCAAGCAGAAGUUCGAGUGGUACACGGUAGAGAGCGCACAAAGUUCAGGUCGAAGCCAUCUUUCCUCUUCCAGAAAUGCUUCGAAGAAGCAAUUAAUACGGAACGUGUGGCGCGAUUAUCCAAAGACGACGCUUAUCAUUCCAUGGCCCUGGUUGAGGACGAACUUUGAAUAUUUAUCCGAAUCAAUCUUACAGGUUCUGAACGAGCUGCUGCGGAUUUCCGAUUCGAAGUUGGAGAAGAAGCGGCUGGACGCGUUUUUCUUCGAAAAGAAGACGGUUACUGUCGACAAUCCGAUCGACUGGCUAGUGCUCCCGAGGUAAGCAAAGAAAGGAACUUUAGAGUGGUCCCUAUAGGGCCCCCGCUAGGAACCACUUUACCAACCCUAUAGGAGCUACUAAAGCUUGCAAAAGUGACGAAAAAAUUGAAUAAUUGAAUAAAUGAGCGUUUUUUCGUUUUUUGAAUAAAAUAGAAAGACCCUUAUAGGGUUACUUGGGCUUUAGGGGCUAAAGGGUCAGACUGCAAGCCUCUAUAGGGACCGCCUUGAUUUCAUCCCUAUAGGGACCACUUUUCCGGCCUUAAUCUGGGUUGUUUUCCCCCUAAUCCCUCGAGGGACCACUCUGGAAUUCUCAAGAGGAGAGUUUUUCAGAUUCUCGGAAAUAGUCGAAAGUACGACGGCGAGGACGCUCGUCAAAGCCAAAUUGGCCGAGGUUGGUUGGGGCUCCCGUCGAAGAGAAGAUCCGGGUUGAAGAUCAUCAGCUGCACGGAGCGAAUGAUCGCCGUCGGCGGCCGCGACCUCACCAAGAUGGUUUCCGCGAUUCGAAGCCCGCACCUCAACUACGCUCUGAUGCAACUUCUGCCUCGGAUCUGCGCCUUCCAAGAGUGUCCCACGAGAUUCCAUCACCUCGCCUUCGACACCGCCUACGCCCUGUACGUCUUCUUUCUCAUAAGCUAGGAUUGCCCUCGAAACUUCUACUCAUUAAAGGAAAAUUCAUCCUCCAAGUGAAGCUCAUGAAAAGCUGAUUCAAGAGAAGCUCAGAAAAUGGUUUCUUAAGCAGAUUUUUGAAAAAAAAAAUUGGAUAAAAUUUUAAAAAUUCUUCAUCGUCAUCGAUAAUAAUUACUGACUUUGUAGAUUAUAAAACGAAGAACAGAAACUAAAACCAGGAAACUGGGAUACCAAAAAGAAAAGUUUCCCGAGAGUACCGUGAGAAGUGAUUUGAGCUUUCUCGAAAAAGUGGGCGUGUCUUAAUCCAUAAUUUACCCUUUUCUCUCUUUUUAUAUUCUACUAGAUAAUAGUUCUUCACUAUAGUCCGUUUUUCGCGACUUGAAAGGUAGGACUUCUCUGCGCCCUCCCUCUCUCAUUGACGCACUAUUUUCGCGUUUCUGUGACUUCCCCGGUGAGGGAACAGAGAGACUCAGGCACUCGAAAACUAUCGAGUUAUUUUGAAAUGUUGUCUCCUCCUUCCAACGUUGAAAACUUCUCUGAUAGAUCGAAAGGGGUUCAGAUUGGCGAAAAACCCGUUUGCCGCCCCGGCGAUCGGUAUGAUGGUGUUGGGCAACUCGGAACUCCACAGCAAAAAAUUGCCACAACUCAUAAGCUACGCGGCCGAAGUGAUCAACCCAAAGUGAGGACCAAUUCAAACGUCUUCCACUCAUCUUUUGUUACCAGGAAAAAACUCGACGAUAAUCACUACGUCUUUCUCUUUUUACUCGUCGAUGCUUACCAUACAGACGCCUAUGAUCAGGUUUUUUCUUCUUCGAUCCAUUUUUUGAUGUUGAAUUUUAGAUCAGAACUUUGCUUCCGACGCUUUUCAGAUGUCCGCUGUCGAGGGGUAGUGUCUCUCCUCUUUUCCCAAAUUUUCAGAUGAUUUUCAGGCCUGGCCAACGUUUUGAAAAUGAUCAUGUUGCGGAUACCGAAACUGCGACUCGACGUUCAAGACGCUGUCAUGUCGGCUGUGUAUCUGAUUCUGAGUGGUGGUAGGCUGCAUCUGAAUGAAUACAUCAAGAAUAAAUCCCCUAGGCGUUGUACUUCCGCCGAAGUGCGAUCCUGCGCCGAGACCUCCGCCACCUCGCGCUAAUCUUACUGUAGGUUCUAGUUAGCGUUUCUCACUAGGCAAUUACUCGGGUUGUAACUUUGGUUCCUAAUAAACUUGGGUAUAGCUCUUAGAAUCCAGGGAGAUUAUCUGUUAAACCCAUAGGCUUCUAAGAAAAAGCUCCUCUAAGAAACCCGGGAAGAGUCCUGGACGAGCCUGGACCUUCUUCUGUCACCAAGGUGGCUUGGCGCAGUGGUUAGAGAGCCAGUCUCAUGAUUGAAUUUUUUGAGUAGGUUCGACUCCCGUCGAUGACAAGUAUUUUUUGCAUUUUUCUCAAAAACGAGCUUUUUCAAACUCAUAAAAUUCAAAAAAAAAAAAACGGUGUUCUCUUGAUCCAAUUGUUUUUACAAAAAAAUUAUCGAUUGAAUAAAUGUCUUUUUCACUACAAAUACGAUGUCCCAGAGUUUGGGCGAGUUUUUCCUGGAAUCCUUCGAAAGCUAGUUACUUUAUUGAUUAAACUUCCGAAUCUUUUCGAAUUUCGUGCUUUUACAAAAACUUCAAUCUUUGAGAAAAAUGCAAAAAAGAUUUUCCCUUGACAGGAAUCGAACCUACUCAAAAAAGUCAAUCCCGAGACUAGCUCUCUAACCACUGCGCCACCUCGGGGAUAGAAGUCCAGGCUCGUCCGGAACUCUUACUGGAUUUUUUCAAGAAUAUUUUUCUCAAAAGCCAAAGGGGCUUAUCAGAUGAUAUCCCUUGAUUCUGAGCUCUCAUCCAGCUCGAUAAGUCACCGUAGUUUCAACUUGAUGCGCGGACCCGAGCUCAAAUAGUUCCCUAGUCAGUGUUUCCCUUCAGACCACCAACGCGGCUGAGAUCGACAAGAUCGUACUGGCGAUAGACACACUCGGAGAGUUUUACUUUUCUCGCGGAGCCCUUCAAAGGAUAAUGCAGUUCGUUGCUGAUGUAAUCUCUUAUCGAUUGGCUCCUUGUUCUCAUCUUUUGCUUGAAGUAUUAUCUGGUCGCCGACCAAGUUCCGAUCCGGCUGGCAGCUGUCAAGUGCUCUUGCGAUAUGAUCGUGCCCUUUGUUUCGGUAGAAAACCCUUCGCUAAAAAAGAAGAACCCUUUCCCUGCAGGUUUACGAGAAAGUGACGACGGACCGACGUCAGCAUCUUCUCUCGACGAUCCACGGUGUCCUUCGGGCGCUGGUCGCUGUGAUCGUCGUGGAUCCUCGUGGGUUGCCCGUCUCUCUCCGUCAAACAAGACAGAACAGACGUCGAAGUGCGGAUGCAAGUGAUACGCUCGUUUCGGGACAUGUCGCGGCCUUUCCUCGUCCAUCUGGCGCAGCCCGAAAUGCUCGAAAUGCAGUUCAUGGCGUUGCAUGACGAGAGUCUUGAGAUGCAGGAGGUUUCCUUCAAGACAUUUUUAGUUUCAACCAGGCUUCAGAAAAGUUUUCAGCAGGAAUUCGGGCUUUUUCCCUUACAAGGAGGUCAUUUAACUUUGCGCUAGGUAUUUUUUGGCCAGAACGCUCUUUGAUGUACCAGAAAAAGAUUCUGAAACUCACAACAUGCGCAACUUUGGGAAAAGACGCCUAAUAGCCAAAUAAUACUCUAAAAACUCAUAAAAAUAGGCUAUUUUGAGCUUUUAGGCUCUCAUUUCUCGAAAACUAGGAAGUUGGUCAGAUUGAGGGCCUACUAUCUUUUGAAAUGUGAUCUUUGUGAACCGAAGUGGACCAAAAAAAACCCCCCAAAAAGGGAUCUUUUGAACCUAAACAUAUUUUUGUCGUUCAAGUUAUUUUAGGUAGUGAAAACUUGAAUACAAGAUGAAAAACUGUAGUUCUCCUCCAAAAUGGGCGUUUUUCCAUGAUUAUUCGUGUUCUCAACAACUUGAGUCCAAACAUUUUUCUCAGUUAGGAAACAUGAUGGAAAAAAACUACAAAAAAUUAGUUUCGAAAGCAUGGGAUAACCUGUUUGAAGGCGUGCGUGACCCUCCUGGGCAGACUCGCCGAACUGAACCCAGCGCUGGUGUUCCCGCGGAUGCGACGGAUGCUCCUUGAGACCCUCAGCCAGAUGACCAACAGCGGACAGGCGCGUCUCGAACAGCACUCGGCUCGUAUGGUGGCUCUUCUUGCCCAGCAGAGCCCCAAGUUCAUGAGACCUUACAUCGGCUCGCUUCUGACCGCCCUCGUGCCGAAGCUCCGCAGCGAACUCAAGGUUUAUCCUUUUUUGGAAUUUUCGCAUUUUAGCCUGUCUCAAAAUGAUUGGUUAAACCUCGCACAAUUAGAAAAUUGAGAUCAUCUUUGUUGUAAUAUUGGUAUGAUUUUGCAGCUUUUCUUUUUUUUUUUUAUAAAAAAGUGAAUACUGAAAAAAGACAACGAAAAGCUCCAAAUAGGCUCUCACAGUUUGCUGGAAAUUGUUAUGCUUGCUUUUUAUUAUUUUUUAUGGGUUUUCUGCAGAAUUUAUUGUGAUACUGGUAGUCAUAAUAGUAUAAAAAAAGCUUUGAACCACGUUUUUUUGUUUUCAACUUUUUAUCUCAGUCUUCAGUUUUUAAAUUGAGAAAUUGUAUCAAAUGCAAAAAAAAAUUUUUUUGUCGAGUCUCACUAAUCUCUGAUUCAUUAGUGGGUUUUUGUUCUGAAAAAGAGAAUUUUUUUGCCCCCCGGUUGAAAUUGAAACUUUGCUGAAGUAUACUUUAGGGCCUCCUGAUUGCAGGACAAGAAACAAUGACUCGCAAUAGAUCUUUCUAUCAAGUUAUGAAGCUUCAACGUCCGCAAAAUACACAAAUUAUGACAAAAACGCUAUUUCAAGCUUUUGAAGCGUCUAAACUCGAAAACAAGAUCUAUUGCAAGACACUUUUUUGUUGUUUUGCAAUCAGCAGGUCCAAUAGUACGAAGUGUCAUCAAAAGUUUAACGGGGGGUAGAAAAAAUUAUCUUGUUAUUCUUUCUGUACAGUUUGCCGAUGUGACUGUUCCUGUCCUCAACGCCAUCUCCGAGCUCACUAUGAUUGGUGGGGCUGAACUCGUCCGAUGUAUCGACCAGCUUUUCCAAAAAUUGACGACCAUGAUCACGGAAUCGAGCAGUUUGCAGCGUCGAGAAGUAGGAGUAGCAUAAAGACCAUCCAGGACCUCUUUUUGACAGGCCGCCUUGCGGGCGAUCGGUAGGAUCUGUCGAUCUACGGCCUACGUCGUCGAUCCCUAUAGGGACUACCCCACGCUUCUCGACGACCUUUUGAGGUGAUUCUCCCGAAAUUCAUGAACCUCUUCGUUUGAGGCUCUUGAAAACGGUCAUGUCUUCCACGAUGCGCCGCGAAGCCAUCAAAGUGCUGGGAAUUCUGGGGGCCAUCGAUCCCUACACUCACAAAGUAUCAGCGAACGGAUCCAAGUUCACUUUCUUUUUUCUUCAGGUUUUUACUGGCUCUGUUCAAUCGGCAACCGCAAUAAGUACGGCUCUCUCGUUGCCGUUCACUCGAGAUGCUUCCGACCCUAGACAAGGUCAGUUCUUCCCUGGAACUCCUCCUGAAGAUCGAUCCUCAGAAAUCGUCCAAUGGUUCAACUACGAACGGUGCACCCUCGAGGAGUUUUAUCCGGCCAUCACCAUCGCUAACCUCAUGUUAAUGGUGCAUAUUUGCUUUUCAAAAGAGAAGAAUUUGAAUGGAAAGUAGUUGAUAUCUUUUCAGAUACAAGAUGAGGCCUACUCAACAAGUUAUCGAGAGAUCGCGCAGGCCCUGCUGACUAUUUUCCGAAGUCUUGGCAACGCCUAUCCUCAAUAUGUCGAACAGGUCCUUAGAGUUGUCAAAAUAUUUGGGUACAUGGCAAAAAUGCCGUGGAAAGAUAGCCGAGUAUUGAUGAUCUGCAAAAAGAAUUGCCGAUGCAAAUUUUGCAAGCGCGUGAGAAAAUUAGUUUUCAAAAUGCGCUUCACGGAACAACGUCGCAAGUUCUUAAUAUCUUCAGAGUGGUUCCUAGAGGGGCAACCACUUUACCAACCCCUCUAGGGGCCACUAAAGCUUGCAAAAAUGUUUCCUAUAAGGGUUUUAGUUAGUGGCCCCUACAGGGGACGCGAUUUUUACGAACUCUAUGUGAAGAAGCAUUUUUAUGCGAAAAACUAAACAAAUUAGCGUUUUUUGAAUGAAAUUGAAAGACCCCUAUAGGGUUCACUUGAGCUUUAGUGGUUAACGGGCCAGACUCUAUAGGGAACACAUUCAUUUUACUUCUAUAGGGAGCACUCUUUCGGGCCCUGUAGUGACUGGAAAUUGAGCAAAAACCUGAAAAAUUCACAAAAAUAAAUCAUUUCAAUUUUGGACAUGAUGACCAUGGAGCGCGCUUUCAAGAUUUUUUUCACACACUGCGAAAUUCAAGCUAAUUCUUCCACGGCAAUUUUUUCACGUCCAACUUCUUCGUUGGCUCGAUUCCGCAGCUUUUUUUAAAAUUAUAUACCCAAAUAUUUGCUUCGAAUCGCCUUCUUUCAUGCUAUGUCUAGGUGGUGCCGAGGCUGAUCGAAGUGUGCCGCGGAUGCAACGGCCGUCCCGACCUGCGCGAGUUCUUCCUCAGACAACUCUCCUUGUUUGUCGCCAUCAUAAAACACCACGCCAACCCCUACAUGAAGAGCAUCUUCACUUUGAUAGCGGUAAGCGCGCCACGAAGUCAUCCUGUUCAAUUUCCGACCCCAGGACGCUUGGAAGGAAGACAACAAUCUCAAGAUGACCGUCAUUUCGAUUUUGGAGGAGAUCGGAACAGCCCUCGGGCCGGUAAGACCACUCGCCAAGUCCUUCGAAUGAUUUCCUCAGGACUUUACCUACUAUGUGGGAGAACUGAUCCCGUACCUUCUGCAUGUUCUGCAGACUGACAAAACUCGCGACCGGUCACUCACCAACAGGGUCAGCUCAUCACCGAUUCCCACUAAAAAUACGUAAAAUGAUAGGUUCUGGCGUCAAUGAGACCUCUUUCCGAAUAUUUGACGGCGCAUCUUCAUCUCGCUUUGCCUCCGAUCCUGCUUCUUCUGGACGACUAUGCCGUCCCAAUCAGGACUAGAUCGACGGCAAUGGGUGAUUUCCUCAAAGUUCUUCUCGAGAAUUGUCAACCAAAAUAUUUAGUUCAGAUUCCACUGUUGUUCAAAUGAUAUGAAAACUUCUACAAACUAGCUUUUAUCCCAUCCAAGAAUUCCGAGUUUGACUUGAAAUAAAAAAAUGGUCUAUCAUUUUGACCACUUUUAAACUCCCAUUAUACUUUAUUUUCUAAAAAUUUUGUAAUCAUGGGAGCUUCAGAUUGGUCCCUAUAGGGGCGACCUUAGGGACCCUUGAAGGGUACCCUCUAGGGACCACUUUACCAACCCCUACAAGGGUCACUUAGGCUUGCAAAAGUGUUGUCUAUAGGGGUUUUAGUUAGUUGUCCCUAUAGGGGACAUGCUAGUUGAUAAUUUUUCAUGAACUCUAUGAAAAAACUAAAUAAAGAAGCGUUUUUGAAUAAAAUUGAAAGAUCCCUAUGGGGACCACUUGAGCUUUGGAGACAAAGCGGUCAGACCGUAAACACCUAUAAGGACUUCCUUGAUUUAACCCCUCUAGGGACCAUUUUUUCAGCUCAUAAAGGAACUGUUUUCCCCCCUAACCCCUCUAGGGACUUCUAAAAUUCCUAAGAGCCAAGAAGAGAUAUCGCAUAACGUCCUUUUGGAAAAGAUCAGAUAUCUUCACCCCAAACCAGGGAAGUAGCUGUUUGAAUGAAGAUUCCCUUCAGACACGGUCCUCCAUCUAACUCGACACGUCGACAUUUCCUCGUACGCCCCGCGACUGAUGCAGUCCUGGCAUCACUGUAUCUCGACCGUCGAUCUGCAGCCGAAGCUCAUGGAACUCCUCAUCGAAAUCAUCAAGCAGGUCCUUUUUUAUCUUUUUUUUUCUAAAUCACAACGUUUGAUCUCACUUCAUUUCAUUUCAAGUGUUUAUUCGCCAUUCCGCAAUCUGCACGACAAAUACAAAAAAUAAAACAUCAAAACAAUCAAAUAAAUCUAACUUGAGCUUUUAAAUUCCGGAAAAUUGUAAGGCUCGAUAAAAAGGACCCUUUUUGCUGCCUUUUUACAGCCUUUCUGCGUCCUUUUUUGAGCCUCUCUCCCUUUUAGCGGCUAUUAUCCACCAUUCCCACUUUGCAUGAGAUUAUGGUUGUCUUGUAGUUAGUUUUUUUAAACAUUAUUUCAAAAAAAACGGAAUUUGAAGCUCUGGAAGCAUUUCGAAAUCUUCCGGCGAAGUGUCGACAUGAAACUGACAGAGCAGGGACUGAACAAAGGCGAACUUUUCGAAUCAUACCGAGGUGGGCGAGAUUUGAAGAAAAAAUAGACUUCAUGAAAAAUUGACCGAACCGACCGACUUUUCCAGCAUGCCACUAGUUUAUCAAAUUACCGAGUUUUGCAGCACUUGCUCAAACGGCGGCACUGGCUCGCGAAGGCGUCAACCCAUACUCGCUGACUCCUGAGAUGCGCAAAAGUGCAGAUCGGUGCGAUGCAGGCGACGAAGCAGCAGCACGGCUUCGCCAACGGCUCCUUGCCGUCGACGAGUGGAUUCGCAGCCUCGGCGCGCGAACCCUCGGUUCACUCGCACGGCGCCAUCUCCAAGGACGUCUUCGACAUGACCGACGUCGGCGGCGGGCUCGUCGAGAAAUCUUUCAAUCGGCCCCCGUCCAGCGCCGCCCGAAGCACCACCGAAAUUAUGGUCGUGCCGAUCAGCAAGCAGAGGCUCAACUAUGAAGUUUUCGCUUUUUCAAAGUGACCCACUAAAAUCGUUCUUUCAGUCCGUAGCUCGUGCUUGGCAGGUUGACUCUCUGUCUUCGAAGGAAGAGUGGGCGCAGUGGCUUCUGAAGUUGAGGAUCGCCUUCCUCAAGGUUCACUCAAAUCCAUUAUUUUAUCAAAUGAUGAGAGAAUUAAAGUAGAAAUUUUCAGGUAGCAAAUUCUGAAAUCAGGGUGAACCUUCAUUAGAAUGAACUAUUAGAAAACCUUCAGAUGUUAAAAUUUGUAAAUUUUUGGAUAUUGUAACCAAAAAAAGUUCUGUAAAGUGAUGAGAAAAAAAGAUUUUUUUCUGUUAUUGGUGUUAAUUAUCAUAACCAAGCUACGUUUCUAUAUUUUACAUCCCAAAUAUAAUUUAAAAAAUGUAUUUAAUUAAGAAAGAAAAAAUUACAAAAUCUAAUUUGAAAAAUUCCAUCGACUAGGCAUGCGGGCGUUUACAAAAUACGACCGCUUUUUUGUGCUCCAAUGCAAAUUAAUAAAACACGGGCGUUUUUUGAAUUGUCAUAAUAGCAUACCGUCGAUCUGGACUUGAAAGUCUCAGAAAAUCUGCAAAUGUGGUCUUACACGGGCAAAAGGUCUAGAACUUUUGAAAAGGGCUCAAAGACAUCUUUUUCAUAUCUUUUUCUGGAAAGGAAAAGAAGGAGACAGAAAAAAGGAGAUUUCGAGAAACCUCUGACACUUUUUAUGGAACCCAAAAAGGAGCUUUAGGCUCUUCUUUUUAGGGCCUUUUUGAGUUCGUUUGGACUUUGCCUGUGCAGGUUCUUCAUAUGAACCGAGCCCAUUUUCUCUGAUUUUCGAGUCUCUUUCAGUCUGGCAGCUCUCCGUCUCUCCGCGCAGCAUCCAGCCUCAGUGAUCAACAUCCUCAUUUGGCCAAGUAUCCGACUUCUUUUUUUUUGUAUCUCAUGUCUCCGAUCGUUCAGAGAUUUAUUCAACGCGGCCUUCAUGUCUGUUUGGACAGAGCUCGACGAAUCCAAGCAAGGGCUACUCACGCAGUCUUUGCUCAUGGUAGCGCCAUAUUCCUCUUUUUAAAUCUUCAUUUCAUGUCCAGGCUCUGAAAAGUGGGCAUCCUGACGUGAUUCAAACCAUUCUGAACUUGGCCGAGUUCAUGGAUCAUUCUGAAAAGGUUGGUCAGAAAAACGAAAAAAUAGCGCGUCAAAAAGAGAGGGUCGUCGAGAGACGAGGAGGGCGCAGAGAAGUCCCGCCCUUUCAAGUGACAAAAAACGGACUCCAAAACGGUUUUCGCGCACCUUUUUGUCUCUGGUUUUUAAUUAUGGCUGCUUGAAUAUUCAGAAAAAUCUUCGCGCUUUUUUUUGGUACUGCUCGAAGGAAAAAGAACAGUAUAAUCUGAAAAACUGAGAAGGAAAAUUCCUUUGAACUGGUUGAAAAUUUGACGUUCAGGGCCCUCUACCCAUCAAGCACCAGGUUUUGGGAAGGUGUGCCGAAGAGACCAAAGCCUACGCGAAAGCCUUACGAUGCAAGGAGGUCGAGAUCAUCAUGCGGAAUGAGAAGGAGCUCUGCAUCACCGUCGAGGACUGCCAGUCGCUGAUCACGUCUGCCUUCUCUGCGUCUCCCUCAAACGCAAAGUCUUUAGGUUCGCCAACAAGCUAAACGUCCAGGAAGAGGCGGCGGGUGUCGUCCGUUUCGCCGAGACCAACAACAUGAGGAUUCCGGUGCUUCUUGAGAAUUGCAGAGUGCUCCCUAUAGGGGCAUCCUAGUCGAUAAUUUUUAUGAACUCUAUGCGAAGAAGCAUUUCUAUGCGGAAAACUAAAUAAAUAAGCUUUUUUUGAAUAAAAUUUAAAAAACGUUAUAGGGACCACUUAAGCUUUAGGGGUCAAAUCCUAUAGGGAUCAGUUUCCCCCUCCCCCUAACCCCGAUAGGGAUCACUCUAAAUCUCCUAAGUUCUGCCUCUCUCUUACGUUUCAUUUCCAUUUUCUGCAGAUGAGAGGUCGGUGGUACGAGAAGCUGAACGAGUGGGAGAAGGCCUUGGAGUCCUAUGAAGUGCGCUUUUCGAUUUGAGACCAAAUCAUCGGAAGGUUCAGAAUGAUCCCCAUGGCGAUGACACGACAAUGCACGAGAUGCGAUGUCUAGAAGCCCUGGGCCAGUGGGACAAACUCAACGAGAAGACCAGACAAUUCGCGUUCGUUUCUCCUUCCUUGCAAUGAAAAGCGUAUCGAGAGAAACAUCUGGGAAAAUUUUUAGUGGCCACUAUAGGGUUUUGCCGUUUUAGUGGCCACUAUAGUAGUCAAAUUGGUGGCAACUUUAGGGGUUAAAAAUUAGUGGCCACUAUAGAGUUAUAAGUGGUACUACUUGAUGACUGAAACUACUAUAGCUGCCCCUAGGGAAAAAAAUCGUCAAAUCUAUAGAGGUGGUUUUAGUGGCCACUUUAGUGUCCUCUAAGUAGUCCUUGGGGAGCUUCUAUAGUGGCCACUAAAAUUUUUCCAGGGCUCAUGUUAGAUUUUCAGAGCGACUUGGGAAGCUUCGAAAGGAGCCGAAGAACGGGUUUUCGACCCGAAAGUGGCCGUGAUGGCGGCUCGAGGCGCCUGGGCAGUAAGUGAGUAACGGGGAAGUCUUUUGUCGGCUUAGAAUCAAAAUUUAUCGUUAUUUCGACUCACCAUCCGCUCUGGAAAUCUUUUUUGUUAUAAGUUUGUGAACUUUCCAAAAAUUUCGGUUUUGAAACAUGUAGGCCAUGUUCUUCAUCCCUCAGAAUCUUCCAAAAGCUCAAAAUAUUGCAGACAACUGGAUAACGAUGACGGAGCACGUGUCGAGGAUCUCGGAGAACAGCCAGGAUGGCGCCUUGCUCCGCGCCAUCGUCGCCGUCCACAACAACAACUUCGAGACGGCGGCCAACUUCGUCGACAAGGUCCGCGACAUGUACGACACGGAGCUGACGACGAUGGCCAGCGAGAGCUACGAGCGAGCCUACGGGCCCAUGGUUUUCGUGCAGCAGAUGGCGGAGAUCGAGGAGGCCAUCGAGUUCAAAGUCAGUUUAGAACCUUGAGGAGAAGUUGACCGACAGAUGGCCGAGAAUAGUGACGGGAUGUUUUCACUUCAAAAAUGUUCUGAAUAUGGAGCUUUUAAGUUUUCGAAUAGGAAACUUUUUAUUUGUGAGUAAAGUAUUCGUGAACCAAAUACGAGUAAGUGUGACUAAAAUUUGAAGAAUUUAGUGGGAUUAUAAAAAAAACAGGCAAGUAGGAAAGGAUGCAAAAAGGGUCCAUAGAAAUGUUCCUUUUUUGCUGCCUUUUUGCGCCAUUUCUUCGGCUCUUAUGGACCAUUUUUGCUGCCUCUCCUUUUCCCACCGAAGGCUCAAUAAAGGGACUCUCUUUGUUGCCUUUCUGCGGCCUUUUUUGAGCCUCCCUUUCUUUUAGCGGCCACUUUCCUCUCCAGCAGCAGGUUUAAACUACCAACCUUCUCUUUUUCUAACCCUCAUUUCAAAGAUUAAAAAAAAAAGUUUUGAUACUAGACCAGGAAUUGUACUUGUAUAACUAUUGAACGCUUUCCGGACCUUGGUCGGAUCAAAAGUUUUUCAUAUUUUGGAACGAGCUUUUUCAAGUACAUGUUCUGCAGCUGCGACCGGAGCGAAGACCCAGGAUUGGGCUAUUAUGGAGCCGCCGGCUGCAGGGAUGCCGUCAGAACGUCGAACAAUGGCAACGGCUUCUGAUGUUGAGGUUUCUCGAAUCACCGACCUCUAUUCCCCAGAAAUGCGGGUUUCAGAGCGCUGGUCUUGUCGCCACAGGAAAUGCAUCCGCUCCGAGUCAAGUUCGCGUCUCUGUGCCGAAAGCAGGGAAAACUCUCCAUGUCGAGGUCUGUGCUCCGAGAAUUACUGGAACUCGAGCCCGACACUCCGCUCUACGCUGCCAACGCACCACAGGACAAGCCUCAGCUGGUGAGAUGAUGUGUCGACGGGUUUUUUCUCAUGAAGAGUGACAGGUUCUGGCUCUCUGCAAGCAGCUGUGGACCGACGACAUGAAGGGCGCCGCGAUCAGCACGUUGGAAGCCCUGGCGCGACAUUUGGAACGGCUCCCGAAGAAUCUGCACUCGCCGGAGGCGUCGCGGCUCUGCGCCAAAGUCUUUGCCAAGCUCGGGGAAUGGACCGACACUAUGUGUUUGACUGAAGCCGCUCUCACUUCCAGCAGACCGUCUAUGGUCAGUUUCGUCGGGUUUAUUUUCAAUCAAUCAAUUAAAUCAUUUAUUUUUUUGCUUUAUUCAUGGACUUGAUUGACUAGGCGGUGGACAAGAACUUUUAAAAUUAUGACGAAAAAUCGCCUUUGGCGAACUACAGUACCGCUCAAAAGUAUACUAAGUUUUGGUUUUUUGAGGAUAUCUCAGCGAGUACUUAUCCGAUUUAUAUAUAACUUUCAGGGAUAAUGUAAAAUAUACUUUGAAACAUUUUUUUUUUUUUAUGCUUUUUAUUUUUUUAUUUAUUUUUUUAUUAAAUUUUUUUAAAAAGUAAUAAUGUUGCCAUAUGUUUUUUUUCAUGUUUUCAGACAUGGGAAGAACCUCUGGAAAAAAGGAUUUGACUGAUAACGACAAAAGAGCCAUCGUUGUGGGUCGUCAAAAUGGACUGACCAUGAUGACGUUGGCAGGAAUGUUCGGCGUGACAGAGGCGUGCAUUUCUCAGUUCCUAAAGCGUUGCAAAGCUCGAGAUGGUUCUACUAAGAGCCAACGCACUGGAAGACCACGUGUCACUGAUCGUAAUGACGAUAGAAACAUUUUGAAGACGUCUAGAACCAAUCCAAGACUCACCGUCCCGGCGAUCAGACGGGAAGUUUUCUUGAAUUCGCCAUCUCCGCCAUCCGUCUCGACCGUGAAACGACGUCUGAAUGCUGCUGGAAUCAUGGGAAGACGUUCAGUGAAGAAACCGCUGAUUUCUGAAAAGAAUCGAGCCGCCAGGGUGAAGUGGGCGAAGGAGCAUCUCAACUGGACCCGUCAAGACUGGAACAAAAUUCUGUGGUCCGACGAAACGGUCCUCCACCAUGUUUCACAGUGGGUAGUUGGUAUGUCGGAUGACAUUUGACCCAAUUGGUCUACGAACCCACUGAAUUCCGUCACUUCCGAAGAGGAGGAACUUGCUUUCGUCGGACCACAGAAUCUUGUUCCAGUCUUGACGGGUCCAGUUGAAAUGCUCCUUCGCCCACUUCACCCUGGCGGCUCGAUUCUUUUCAGAAAUCAGCGGUUUCUUGACUGAACGUCUUCCCAUGCUUCCAGCAACAUUCAGACGUCGUUUCACGGUCGAGACGGAUGGCGGAGAUGGCGAAUUCAAGAAAACUUCCCGUCUGAUCGCAGGGACGGUGAGUCUUGGAUUGGUUAAUAAAAAUAAUAAUUUAUUCACAGAUCAGUGUGAACCCCAACGAGUUCACUUCGAUCUACAAUUUAAAUAAGGAAAAAAAGUUGAAGUAAAUUGAGAUCAGUUAAGUCUUGGUGGAAUAGAGGUAAAAAAUUCUUUGCGAGGUAAAAAGACCAAUAAUUUUUUCAAAGAAUUAGGUGGAAGGGUGAACUGAUAUUUGGAUGUAAGUUUAUUCCAAAUAGGAAUCGUUUUGAAGAAAAAGUUGUUAGAAAACUGACCUUGAGAACGUAGCCGAAGUGGAUUUCGCCUUAAAUUGGAUCUGAGGGCAAAAUUUUCGAAUUGAGAAAAGUGAUCAUGACCAGAAACAUUUUUUUGGAGAGUGAGGAGAUCAGAAAUAACUCGUCUAAUGUAAAGUGGGGUUUGUUGAAAUCGCUCUAGACGAUCUGAAUAGGAAUCAAAAGAUAGGUUCGACCUAAUGUAAACUUUACGGGAAAAAAUUCUGAGUGGGGAUUCAAGCUUGUAGCAAAGGUCAGAGUUAAUAGGUGGGUUAAAAACUUCAGAACAAUAUUCCAAUAAAGGUCUGACGUAGGUGUUGAAAAUUUGAAACAGAAGAGCCGGAGAUUUUGUACGAAAACAAUGCAGAAUUUGGUUGGAUCUCAGCGUUGCAAGAGAAACAAUAUUAUUAAUGUGCGGAGCAAGAGUGAGUUUCUCAUCGAUUAGUACACCAAGAUCACGUACAACAUAUUUAGGAGGGAUGGGAACUCCAUUAAUCAAAUAAAUAGUUUUAGGAUUGCGAGGGCCCAGGUGAAUAGCAAAUGUUUUGUUAGCGGCAAGGGGCAAGCCCCAGGUAGAUGACCAUUCAAAAAUAGAGUUUAUACUAUGUUGGAGAGAUUCUGGGUUAGAACCGUAAAUUUUAAUGUCAUCCGCAAAUAGUGAGAUGGAGGUUUCAGGGUCGAUCAAGUUAACAAUGUCGUUGAUAAAUAUCAAGAAAAGCAAAGGCCCAGAUACAGUACCUUGGAGGACACCAGACAUAUUAGCAUAAUUAAAAGUAGAUCGAGAACCAUCAAUGAGCACAGUAGAGCAACGAUCAGACAGAAAGUUUUCAUACCAUCGAAUAACGGUUUCAUCAAGACCAAAACUUCGAAGCUUAAGAAGGAGCAAGGAAUGGUUAACUUUAUCGAAUGCCUUAGCAAAAUCAAAAUAGAUGACAUCUACAAACCUUUUUAGAUGCAAUAGAAUUUUUGCCACGAGGAAAGGCAAGAUAGAAGGUUGAGUUUACAGGAUCGUUUGUUUAAAAAAAGCCGAAUUGCGAAUCAGAAAAUAAUGUAGAAAAAUCUAUGACGGAUCAUGUUACAGAUAAUUCUUUCACACACGCGAGAUAAUGGAUGUGUCAGCGAGAUUGGUCUAUAGUUAGAAGGGUCACAUAUUUUUUUCCACGUUUAAAAAAAUAGGAAUAAUAGUUUAUUCACUGCCAUAAAAAAAAACAUUGGGUAGUAUAGAAAAAUUAUAAGUGAUCAACAUAUGACGGGCAGGAGAAUAACAAUACGCGGGAAGGAGUCAACCCCAACGAGUUGACAGGUACCCGGAAGUAAGAAGAAAUUUUUUACAGUAGGCGAGAAGGGAUAUUUUCAUAAAAAGCUUGGUUCGGAAGAUUAUUCAAUUUGUUCCGAAGGGUUUCUGGGGUGACGUUAAAAUCUAAAUAUGAAGUUAAUUUGUUCCAAAGAGGAAUAGUCCUAGAAAAGUAGUCAUUAGAAAACUGACCAGCUGUCCGUAGUCGAAGUGGAUUUCUCUGUAACAGGGAUUGGGUGAAAUACUUAUUGCGAUCGAGACAAUGAUCAGAGCCACAGACAAUUUUAUGUAGGGUGAUUAUAUCACAAAUUUUACGGCGAAUGAACAAAGGUUUGAUAUUAAACUGAUUGAGGCGAUCGGAAUAAGAAGAGAAGCUGACAUUACAGCGGAUGAAAACUUUCCGACUGAAGAGACGGAGAGAUGACUCGAGUUUGUAGGAUUCAUCAGAUGAAAUAGCGGGUGAGAAAAGCUCGGAGCAAUAUUCAAGGACUGGAAUAACUGUAGUGGAUUUCCAAGACGAGGGAAUGGACCCGGAGUAAUAAGAUUCAUUAAAGAGGAUAGACAAAGGGAUUGAAAUAGAUGUUGAACACCUUUUCAAAACAAGUUGAUUGAUUAGGUCAGGAGAAAACCCACAUUUAGGGGGCAAAGCUGAGAGUGUCUUAUAAACAAGAUCGGGCGUGAAAAUAAUCGAGCAAUUGAUGGGUUUUCGAGAAGGAAAGAUAGGGAUCAGAUCGUAACUUUCUUUAGAAAAGUUAUCACUGAAGAUUUGGGCGAAAACAUCAGCUUUAGACGAACUAUCAGAGAUAAGAGAGUUAUUGAAGGCAAUAUUAGGGAUAGAAGAGUGGCAUUUUAGUUUUUUGGAAAUGUAUUUGGAAAUUUGGACGUGGUUGAAGUUGUUGGCAAUAUAAGUUUCACGGGCUGAGUAAAUGGAAGAAGCGCGAGCUUUGAUUUUUUUAUAUAAUGAAUUGAAUUGCAGACGAGUGACAUUGUUAAAAAAAGGUUUGCACGUAUAAGAUUUGCUCUCUUGAUAUUGAGGCGGCGAAUACGAUUAUCAUGGUUGAAUGGGCGACGUUUGAUAGGAGGAUUAAAGAAGCUAGAACAAGAGUCACGAACAGUUUCGUUAAAAAUUUUCAAGAAAUGAGAGAAUUUGCUUUCUACUGAUGAAAAUAACUGAACUGACGGUCCCAAUUGAAAGAGGACAUAAUAUAGUUCACCCUAGAGAAAUCACAUUUACGAAGGUUCUAGACGUCUUCAAAAUGUUUCUAUCGUCAUUAAGAUCAGUGACACGUGGUCUUCCAGUGCGUUGGCUCUUAGUAGAACCAUCUCGAGCUUUCCGACGCUUCAGGAACUGAGAAAUUCACGCCUCUGUCACGUCGAACAUUCCUGCCAACGUCAUCAUGGUCAGUCCAUUUUGACGACCCACAACGACGGCUCUUUUGUCGUUACCAGUCAAAUCCUUUUUUCCAGAGGUUUUUCUCAUGUCUGAAAACAUGAAAAAAAAAACAUAUGGCAACAUUAUUACUUUUGAAAAAUUUAAUAAAAAUAAAAGCAUGAAAAACAAAAAAAAUUGAAUUCAAAAAAAAAUUCAUAAAACGCGUCACAGUGUUUGCGGACAUGUAUUUGUAUACCGUAUAUGUUUCAAAGUAUAUUUUACAUUAUCCCUGAAAGUUAUAUAUAAAUCGGAUAAGUACUCGCUGAGAUAUCCUCAAAAAACCAAAACUUAAUAUACUUUUGAGCGGUACUGUUUAUGUCCAAACUUGUAGUUGACCAAGUUAAAAGCAUGGUCUCACGGUCCUUCGCCUCGUACAUCUGCGAGUAGCCCAUUCAGUUGCGUCUUAUUGGGCUCAGAAUGUAGCGGAUCUGUACUGGAGCCUGGAGACUGCUCUAGGCGGAAACUUCGGAAUGAGAGCUCGAGUGAAGACUUCACACGGAAUUUUCAAAGAACCUUCAAUCCUUUUCUGAAUUAGUGCAAGAUGGCUACUUCUGAAGUCCUCUUAACGGUCAUUUUGAACAGCCGGAAGUUUUUGGAAGAUACAUUUUCCUCAAAGUUUACUCAAUGAUCUAAUAGAAGUCAGCAGCCGUAUCAUUAUCAUUUGGAAGUGUUGUCUGAAAUUCGCAAACGUGUAAAGUUGCUUUGGAAAAACAAAUGAGGCAGUAGGACUUCUGAAUUUUGUCCAUUGGGGUAGGCACAACAUCUUAUAAGAACGUUUUUUUGUUCUCCAAUUUUCUGGUGAUAUUUUCAGUCUGGGAUCAGUAUCAAUGGCGACUACUCGGCACCGGUGAUGCCUGCAAAAGUUCGGGUUAGCCCUUCUUCAUCCCUAUGCUUUUUCAAAUGUUUGUUUUUCUUUCAGAUCCCUGCCGGAUACGUACAGAAGUCGACGCCGAACGAAGCGAUGUCCAACAUGGCCAAGGUGAUCCGGUACUACGGACGGGCGACCGACUACGAUCCCAAGUGGCACAAGGCUUGGCACAAGCUCGCUUCAGCCUACUUCUACGCGACUUCCUGCGAGAGAGAAGCCGUGCAGAGCCUGCAGAAGAGACACGGCUCGCCGAUGUCCCCGCGGCCGCUCAUGUCGCCCCCGCAGUUGCUCCUAGGCUCCCAGAAUCCUCUCACGCAGCCGUUGCCUGGUUCGUUUUCUGGGGUCCCGAGUUUUGAAAAAUAUAUCAAGCUCAUUUUGGUUGAUGUAGAUAGCUCCUUGCAUAGGCAAGGGUCGAGAAGGCUCCAUAGAAAUUUUCCUUUUAGGGUUCAAAGGCUCUUCUUUUGCUGUCUUUUUAGGCCAUUUCAUCGGCUCUUAUGCGCCAUUUUUGCUGUCUCUCCUUUUUUUCAUCAUUUCUUGAGCCUUUAAAAUCCCAGAAAAAAGAAAAAGCUCGAAAAAGGAACCCUUUUUGCUGCUUUUCUGCGGCCCUUUUUGAGCCUCUGCCUUUUAGCGACAAUAAUCCACCAUUCCGACUUUGCCCGAAUUUUGUAGAGUUAUGAAGCAUUAAAGAACCUAAAGUCUUACCUAUUCUGCAAAGAUAUAGGCGGAAUGACUUUUUUUUUGUGUUUAGUCUGUGGAAAAAGCUACCAUAAUCAGAGCCGCUCGACUUUUGGGCAAAAAAAGUUUCGUUCAGAAUUUCUGAAGAAAGAUCUUGCAGAGCUGACUGUGCCUCCGCCUUUGGGUCCGCUCCAAGGUCUCCCAAAUCCUUCUCCUCUGAUGUCGCACUCGUCCACGUCGUCUAUGAUGCAAGGCUCUCUGAUGGUGGCGCCGCCAGGCCUUUCGCCUCUCCUCUCUGGCAUCGGCUCUCCCGGAGCUCCGUCGCCACUGAGUUCUUCCAACUGCACUUACAUUUCUUACGCCAUUUGUGCUAUCAAAUGCUUCUCCAAAGCUCUGACCUUUGCCCCAGGUGCUCUCAACGGACGACUUCUCCUUGAAACCAAUAUCUCAGGAUCGCGGCUGGAAGACACGCUGCGGCUCAUGCAGCUGUGGUUUGACUACGGCGAGCAGGAAGAGGUCUACAACGUCCUGAGUGAAUGCGUCAGCGAACUUCCCAUCAAUACCUGGCUCGAAGUGCUUUUGGAUCAUUAGUACUCUGUAACGACGUUUUUGAAGGUCGUGCCGCAACUCAUGGCUCGUCUCGACUCCAGAGAUAAGCCUGUUCAGCUGGUCGUCAACGUGGUUUGCGAAAUAUCCAAAAAGCAGCCACAGGUAAUCCCCGAAACAGAAAUCGGAAAUUCUCAGUUUGAGAACCAAGAACAAUCUUUCCAAGAGAGAUAGGUUCAUAAAACAAAGGGGAAGAAAAGCGAUUUCUAGCAAAGGGCUAUUUUGAAUCCUUUUUUCAGUUAGAUACUGAAACUGUCGUGCUCUAACUAGGGGAUGAUCUCCAUUCACAGUGGGACUUUUGAAAAAGACUAGGCUCACUAGAUUUAGUUUUCACGUUGGUUUCAAAUCUGGCCCUCAAGGUCUGUGAAAAAAGUUAGGGGUUUUCAGAAUUAAAAAGUUUCAAAGAUUGAGCUAUUUUUGGAGGGUAUAUAGUCCUUGUUCCCCUUGUCACGAAAAACCAUUCAAUUUUUUUCAAAAGGUUCUGAAGCCGAGUUAUGAUUUUUCAAAGCUCGGCCCGUGUUAAAAGCAUGCUAACGUGUCCUAUUGCGAGCCGGCGACCGUCGAAGAAACGGCAGCGAGAAGCAGUGAGAAGAGCUAUAGCCCAAACGGAUACACUAAUAUUUUUGCCUUUUGAGGGUCCAUAACCUUUUUCACAGACUUCGAGGACAGUUUUUGAGACCAUAUUUGGAAUCAGCGUGAAAAAUUACAUCUAGUGAACCUAGUAUCAUUCAGAGUCUCUUUUGUGAAUGGAGACCAUUCCCUAGCAAGUAAGACGUUCAGGCGCUUGUCUACGCGCUGACCGUAGCCGCAAAAAGCCAAAACGAAGAUCGUGCAAGAAAUGCUCAAGCGAUUCUGUCCAAAAUGGCCGAGUACCAUCCCAGUCUUGUCGAAGAGGUACCCUUUGGUUUUCUCUUUCGAGAUUCCCACUGGUAAUACAGGCUGCAAUGGUUUCCGAAGAGUUGGUCCGAUGCGCGAUCUUGUGGCACGAGAAGUGGCACGACGCCUUAGAUGAAGCCAGCCGUCUCUACUUCCAUGUUCGUCAGCCCUCUCACUUUGCACUUCGAUCCGGGUUUUUUUUCAGGAAAACAAUGUUCAAGGGAUGUUUGACGCUUUGCGCGAGUUGCAUACGAUGAUGAAGAUUGGGCCGAAGACUCUGAAGGAACAAUCUUUCAAUCAGGUCGGCUCAACUUUCAAGAUUCAACUUAUAUGUGAUGAUCUUCAAUUUCUAGACGUACUACUGUGAUCUGAAAGACGCCCAAAAGUUCUGCCAAGCCUACGAGCGGAGCAAAAACGUCAAGGAUCUGAACCAGGCUUGGGAGAUAUACUGCGGGGUCUCGAAACCUUUUUCCCCUCUUCUAAUACGUUUUUGAACAGGUUUUCAAACGGUUGCGAGACCAAUUGCAAAAUUUGACGAUCCUCGACUUGAACUACGUCAGUCCGGCUCUGAUGCGAGCUAAGGUAUUUAUUGGUUUCCGAUUUUCUGAGUUCCGCUCCGGAUAACAGGACCUCGAAUUGUCGGUACCUGGAACUUACGAUCCUACUGCGCCGAUUGUGGGAAUUGCCUCUUUUGGAACCCGACUGACGGUGAUUUUCCAGCAUUUUUCAUUUUUUCAUUGAGUGUUCUGCAGGUUAUCACCAGCAAGCAACGUCCAAGAAAGAUGAUGAUCCGAGGUUGAAAAUAAGGAAAUUUUCAGGUUGAAGAAAUAGAAGUUAAGGAAGCAACGGCCUGGAGUACAACUUCCUGCUGAAAGGCCACGAAGACCCGCGACAAGACGAACGCGUCAUGCAGCUGUUCGGACUCGUCAACACGCUGCUCGCCAACAACUCGGAGACGUGCCGUCGCAAUCUCACCAUCCAGGUCUCGAGACGACUUCCCGUCCCUCAGCUCUCUCCACUUCUUUCAGCGCUACUCGAUUGUCGCGCUGAGCAAAGACUCGGGUCUCAUUGGCUGGGUGCCCAACUGCGACACGCUGCACGCUCUCGUCAAGGACUACCGCGAGAAAAAGAAGAAGGUGUCAUUUUGAACUUGUCGAAGUAGCGUUUCACUUGGUUUCUUUCAGCAUAUAUCGAUUCUUUUUCAAAAAGUUUUAGGAAACGUUUUUCAAAACUCUGCAAAUUAUGACAUUUCAAGUUUUUGAAGUGUCCUAACUCGAAAACGAGAUCGAUUGCGAGAAAUAUAGCAGUCUUAAAAAGGAAAAUAUAACUGAAUUGUAGAGAGUCAGAGAUAAUUUUUCAUCUCAUAGAGAUUACUCCAAACAAUGCAUCAGAAAUCGCAGGAAGCUCAUUGAAAUUCCAAUUUUUCUCAGGUUUCGAUCUCUGCCGAGCACAAAACGCUGCAGUACUUCACGCCGGACACCGAACAUCUAACGGUCAUGCAAAAGGUUUUUAUUUAUUCCCAUCAAUAGUCUACUCUUAUGUAUUUCAAAUAUCUGAAUGCAAGAAACUUUGGUUAUGCCCUUGGAACUUUUAUGAAUAUUCUCCAUGCUAAUGGAAAAUUCAGCUGCAAAUCUUCGAGAAAGCGCUCACCGUUCUGCCGGGAGACGAUCUCCGACAGGUUCUUUGGCUGAAGAGCCCCAGGUAGUGUUUCCGGACCCUUCCCUGCAAAUCUCGGCGAGACUUUCAGUUCGGAGGUUUGGUUCGACCGAAGAACGAAUUACACGAGGUCGAUGGCCUGCAUGUCUAUGGUCGGCUACAUUUUGGGGCUCGGAGAUCGGUAAGAGCCUCCCAGAAACUCUUCUCAUCUUCUUCAGACAUCCAUCCAAUUUGAUGCUUGAUCGACUUACUGGAAAAAUCGUGCACAUCGACUUUGGUGACUGUUUUGAGGUGGCCAUGUCGAGAGAGAAGUUCCCCGAGAAAAUUCCCUUCCGCCUGACUCGGAUGCUCAUCAAGGUUCGUUGUACUGUGGACCAUUUAUUAACAAACAUCGAACCGUCAAAAAUGCCUCUAACUCGGAAGUUGAUUUCAUAUAUCUAAUUUUCUGAUUUUUGAAUUUUCUGAAUGUCAUCCUUGCCGAAAAAGUUGACUAUCGUAAUUUUUUUUUUAAUAACAUUCAAGGAAUCACUGGAAAUUUUUACUUGUUUUCUUUUUUUCCAUUUCAUCACCCAUAUUUUUCAGACCCAAUAGUUUUGCUCAGCUUUCAUGGUUUUCAAUCUUUAACUUCAUUGACAAGGCUUGAAAAUUUUGAAAAAGCGAAAGUUAAUUUGUAUUACUUUGUUAAAUUUCACUGAAUAACCCUGCCGUUUCUCAGAUUCUGAGUGAGAAACUUCGGACCCAAGUCGUGUAAGCUUAGAGAAUUGGUUUUACAGGCGAUGGAGAUAACCGGAAUCGAAGGCACCUACCGAUUCACGUGUGAAAAGGUGCUGAAGGUGUUGCGAACGAAUCGCGAGUCGCUGCUCGCUGUCCUCGAGGCCUUCGUCUACGACCCGGUCAUCAACUGGCGUCUCUUGGACAGUGAGAGAACCACGCGUUUUCCAAGAAAUCAAAUCAAUAAAUAGGCAACAAACGGAUUCCUGGCGAGAAGAAGGACUUCUCCAAGAUGAAUCUUCAAGAAGCGCCGAGGGCUGUGUCGCAGGGCGUCAUCAACAAGAUCAAACAGAAGCUCACAGGUGCUGAAAUCUCAAUGCGAGCGUGAACUCAUCAUUGUUCAGGCACGGAGUUCGAGCUGAACCGGGAAGUCUCGACGAGCGAACAGCUGGACAGACUUGUCGAGCAGGCCACCAUGCACAUGAACCUCUGUCAGUGCUACAUCGGCUGGUGUCCUUUCUGGUAG